GACAUCAACUAACCACGUUACUACUUCCAAAAGAAAACGAAUAUAUGGAGUGUAUGAUUCACGGGGACUGACGCUGAGAUUCGCUCCUGCUUUAGCAGUACCCCCAUAAUUCAGAGCUGACGUGAGCCCUGUUGAACAGAAUACACACAGUUCCACUGGACCUGCAUCAAACAUUGUGACUCAACCAUUAUCAUUGUUUUUAACUCGAAUGGUUGGAUUCAACUGAUUUCGGAUCUAGCGAAAAAGAAUAACUGCAGAUUUUUUUUUUAAACACCCGUUUCACCUACAAAGGGACAAUGGGGAAACAGAACAGCAAACUUGCCCCUGAGGUGAUGGAAGAUCUGGUGAAGAACACAGAAUUUAAUGAACAUGAACUCAAACAAUGGUACAAAGGAUUUCUUAAAGACUGUCCCACUGGUAGGCUGAACCUGGAUGAAUUCCAGCAACUAUAUGUAAAGUUUUUCCCAUAUGGCGAUGCAUCUAAGUUUGCUCAGCAUGCCUUCAGAACCUUUGAUAAAAAUGGUGACGGGACAAUCGACUUCAGAGAAUUCAUUUGUGCUCUCUCCAUCACUUCAAGAGGCAGCUUUGAACAGAAGCUAAACUGGGCCUUCAAUAUGUAUGAUUUAGAUGGUGAUGGUAAAAUAACAAGAGUGGAAAUGUUGGAGAUCAUAGAGGCCAUUUAUAAGAUGGUAGGAACAGUCAUAAUGAUGAAAAUGAAUGAAGAUGGUUUAACGCCAGAACAACGGGUCGACAAGAUUUUCAGUAAGAUGGAUAAGAACAAUGACGACCAGAUCACGUUGGAUGAAUUCAAAGAAGCAGCAAAGAGCGACCCAUCGAUUGUGUUACUCCUGCAAUGUGACAUUCAGAAGUGAGCCAGCACUCAUGCAUAUAAUGGACUGCACAAAAUUCUAAUGUUUCAUUCAGUUAGCAGCUGCAGCUACAUCCAUACACACACUCGAAAACAAAGUGCUUGGACUAUCUUUAAAUGGACUUGCUUCUUGUGUUGAAACACUUGUGUGCAUGAGAAUGUCAUAUGCAAAAAAAAAAGUUUAAAUUAAUAUAAAAACUGCCAAAAGUGAAGUGUGCGCAAUUUCAUUAUCAUAUAAACUUCAUUCCUCAGAGGCCUGUGUAUUGGUAUCGUGUUGCAUUAAAUGAUGCUAUUAUUGUUCAUGUUCCACUGGAGCUUGCAAUGUGUUUCACUUAUGAGGCAUGAAACUUUGAUGUUUAUAAGAAAUCACUUUUUCCUCCAAAUAUUGUAGCAGAUCAGAGAUGAGAAUUUUGGAAAAUAUUGGCAGCAGAUUCUGAUUAGUAAAAAAAAGACAGUAGGCAUUGUGUAAAUGUGUUUGUUUAACUGGAUACUAGUACCAUUCAUUUUUGUUGAGUUUUUUUUCAAUUCUUUGAACCCUUUACAAACAAAAAUAAGGACUAAAAUACCUCAAAAAAAUAACUGCGGCAAUUUUUAACACAUAAUGGAUUCAGCAUUUAUAAUUAGCAUCUUUCUCAAACAUAGACACUCAAGAUUCAACACAGCAAAGAAGAGUUUGUAGUUUUAGCAAAUAUUUAAAAAUACCCAGAGGUAAGAGUUCUCCAACAUUUACUGUAUACCUUUCCUACAAUAACUAAAGUAGCAACUGCCAAGAAAUGGUUAUAGUGACUUUUUUAAACGCUUUUUUAGAGCUUUUCCACUGGUACCUUAUCGGUAGUUAGAAAUUACAUUGAUAGAAAUCCAAUAAACAUUAACUGUUACAAAGAAAGAAGAAAACUGUAAAACUGCAUUAGUACACAUUUUUAAAAGGAGAAAGAGGCAACACAAAGAAGACCUUUUUCUUUACUGCUUUAUUUCUUUAAAUUCUUAUAAUUGGGCUUGUGAUCUAAUAUCUAUUGUAGUACUAUGCCAUAACCUGUGAUUCAUUUGAAAACCAACAUUCUCCUAAACAGUAAAAAAUUAUAUUUUUAAACUACAGUCUGCGCAACUACCCCCCAAACUUAAGUCAAAGAAAUAAAAAUAACCAAAGUUUUGAGUAA